AAAAAAAAAAAAAAAAAAAAAAAAUACGAUGAAAUAUAUUAAUAAUUGGAAGAGGAAAAAACACCAUCGGGCAAUGAAGCAGCCACCUACAAUACAAUUGGAAUUUCUGCUUGAAUCUCUUCCGGUGCGGCUGGAUUGGAUCUGAGUGCUUUUUUUUUUCUCAACUCCUCUUAAUUCCGUCGACCGGAAGAGAAAAGUCUCGAGUUCUUAAUUGGGUGACUUAUCAGGGUUUUUGGAUCUGAGAAGGAUAGGGCUUUUUGUAAAAGGUUAAUUCAAGUUUGUAUUAUUUUGUUUAGUGGGGUUUUGUGGCAGUGGACAUCAAUUGGGAUUAUUGGAAUUUGACUAAAGGGUUUUGGUGUGAGGCUUCAGAUUGAAAUCUGAGCUGCCAAUGCCAUUGGUUUCGUCUCUGUUGAAAUUUUCGGUUGUUUUUUCGGUACCGAAAAAGUUUGAACUCCUUGACACCAAUGUCUUGGGCAGGCCCGGAAGAUAUCCAUCUUUCUACCUCUCUUGCCAGCUAUCUUGACAAGAAACUUCUUGUCCUGCUUAGAGAUGGGAGAAAGCUUCUCGGGAUACUUCGAUCAUUUGAUCAAUUUGCCAAUGCUGUUCUUGAGGGUGCAUGUGAGAGAGUCAUUGUUGGUGAACUUUACUGUGACAUGCCUUUAGGUCUAUACGUAAUACGUGGAGAGAAUGUUGUUCUAAUUGGAGAGCUGGACUUGGAGAGGGAAGAACUUCCUCCACACAUGACACGUGUUUCACCAGCAGAAAUUAAAAGGGCACAGAAAGCUGAAAGGGAGGCUAGUGAUCUUAAAGGGACCAUGAGAAAAAGGAUGGAGUUUCUUGAUUUGGAUUAAUGAGUGCGUGUUUAGUAUGACCCUCGAGUAGUUGGUUCACAUUUCUGUCCGCAAAUAUUAUAGCGGCUGUGUUUCUUUUCCAUGUCUUCUUCUUUUUCUUCUUUAACUACUUUUGCUUGGUAGGAAGAUCUGUAGUUGUUAGAGGUGAAAUACUUUUCAAAUUAUAACUUCAAUGUUGAACCAUUCUUCAAAUUUCUUUUGUGUAAUAUUGGUCUGAAUCAAUACAUUCAUUCCUAAAAUUUAUCCAUGGAUUUUAGUCA